CUACCUCUGUUUACCUAAAUGUCGGCAGCUGGGUUCAUUUACCCUCGGAUCACCGAGGGUGAACUUUUCCAGAACAUCCAAAAUAUAUCGGGACUGCGAAAGUUAACAUGGCCAGUGGGUGCUGCUGUGUACUUGUCCUAUUUUCCCUGGUGCAUGUGUCCCUGAGUGUGGAAAUGACUGGGUUGUAUGGCAGCUUCACCUCCCCCGACUUCCCCCGGCCGUACCCUGACCACCAGCUCAAAGCGUGGAACAUCACUGUCCCGGAUGGCCACAGGGUCAGGCUGUACUUCAGCCACUUCAGCAUGGAACCCUCAGACCAGUGUGAAUAUGACUACGUUCAGGUUUCGGCCGAGGGGAAUGACACCUCGCGGUACUGUGGAGAGGAAGGAAAGAAGUACGACAGGAGCCCGAGAAAAACCACCAUCCUGUCAGCCGGGAACGUCGUGUCAGUGGUCUUUAGAAGUGACUACUCUAACGAGGGGCGAUUCACGGGCUUCCAAGCGUUUUACGCCGCAGAAGACGUCAACGAGUGUCUGACCAAGAUAGAUGGGGAAAGAGUGUGUGAUCACUUUUGCCACAAUUAUAUCGGCGGAUAUUACUGCACGUGCAGACAAGGAUACCUUCUCCAUGACAACAAAAGAUCGUGCACAAUGCCAUGUCCCAGCCAGGUGUUGACCUCGCCAUCGGGGGUGCUGACCAGUCCGGGCUACCCGAGCCCCUACCCGCCCAUGAGUCAGUGUGACCACUCCAUCCGUCUGCAGGAGGGCCGCAGAAUAAUUCUGCACUUCUUGGAACCCUUUGACAUAGAGGGACAUUCGGAUGUCCCUUGUCCAUAUGAUAUGCUGAAGAUUUCAACGGCUGGGCAAGAGUAUGGACCCUUCUGUGGAUCAGUGCCACCAGGCCUCAUCGACACUGGAAGUUACCAAGUGCAUGUCGCGUUUAGAUCCGACACUAGUGGGAAAAACCAGGGAUGGAAGAUCGAGUACACGAGUAUCAAGGCUGAACCCUGAGCAUUAUUUGUGUAUCUAUACCCUACCUCAAUGUUUAACACAAUGACCUUUACAUGCCAACAAUUUGACGAAACUUUGAUAUUGUAUUUGAGCAUGAGGCUGAAGAAUUAUUUUAAUGAAACUAGUGCUACAAAAGUACUUUCCAAAUAUCACCAAAUUGUGUGGGUUACGUCUCAUCAGUAGUCUAGUUCUGGUUCUUUUAUUUCUUUAUCUGGUGAGAUCCUGCUUUAAUCUCACCAUCACAAUCUUCUUAUGUCAACUAUUGUAUAGAUUGUGGCAUGUUUUUAUAUGUAUGAAAUAAAGCAUACCUCAAAAGACACAUUUACUCAAUGAUU